AUGGGAAGUAAGAGAGAAGAAGAGCGGAACGAGAAGAUUAUUCGUGGUCUUAUGAAGCUUCCUCCAAAUCGUCGUUGUAUCAACUGCAAUAGCCUUGGUCCUCAAUAUGUUUGCACCACUUUCUGGACCUUCGUAUGCAUGUCUUGUAGCGGGAUACAUCGUGAGUUUACUCAUCGUGUGAAGUCUGUAUCAAUGUCAAAGUUUACUUCUCAAGAAGUUGAAGUACUUCAAACUGGUGGUAAUCAGCGUGCCCGAGAAACAUAUUUGAAAAACUGGGACCAUCAACGGCAGAGACUUCCGGACAACAGUAAUGCUGAAAGAGUUCGUGAAUUUAUCAAAAAUGUGUAUGUGCAAAAGAAAUAUGCAGGAGCAAAUGUUACGGACAAGCCUCCUAAUGAUAGCCAGAACCAUGGAAGUUCUGAAGAUGUGACUCGACGGGCCAACUCGUAUCAUUCUUACUCCCAAAGCCCUCCUUACGACUAUCAGUACGAAGAGCGGCGUUACGGAAAGGUACCCUUGGGAUUUACUGGCAAGUCUGCUUCAGUAAAAGGUCUUCACUCAAAAGCAUCUAGUUUUGUAUACAGCCCUGGACGGUUUAGUGAUCAUAUGUCUGAUGACCAAUUUGCAAAUGAGGGCUCUGCUCCAAGGGCUUCAGAUUUUUCUGUGUCAAGUGGAGGAGAUACUUUCAGGUCUGAAAUACGGUCCCCAAAUUUCCAGCAAGAUGGUGGAUUUCGUAGUCCCCAGUUUCAGCAUUCAAAUGCCCCUCCAAGUGAAAACUUAUUUCCAGGCAGGUUACAUCAGAGAACUACGUCUUUUGGGAGUGUGAGAUCAGUUGACAGUAAUUCCAUGUCUGUCAAGUCAUAUGCCUCGAGUGGUUUAGGGGAUGGCGUAUCUGAAAAUGGUCAAAUUACAGGAAACCAGCAAAAUAAAUCAUCUACUCCUCCUGUUCCUUCAGUAGCAGUGUCGACAAAGGCUCCUAUUGAUUUGUUUCAGUUGCCAGGAGCUCCAAUGGCUCAGUCAGGCAAUACAUUUCAACCUUCAAUAGGAGCCGAAUAUCCACCUGUGAAUUUUCAUCAACCUGGUCCUGCACGGACAUACUCAUCGACCCCGACAGAGUUGCUUGCUGGAACUUUGGGUCAACAACCAAGUUCAAGACCACCAGACUUGUCUGCACCUAAGAACGAAGGAUGGGCUUCUUUUGACAAUCCAAUGCCUGUUGCAACAUCUACAAACACUAUCACCUCCUCUGGAGUUCCCGAGUUGGAAGUGAAAAAUGAAGUAAUUCCGCAGCCUAGCACAAGCAUGCAAUGGCCACCUUAUCCAUCAAUUGUGGAGCAGAAUGCUUUGUCGAUAUCAAGUCCAUGGCAUGAUGAUUUCUCAAAUGCUCUAGAAAAUGUUGCCGACAACCCGCCGUGGAAUGCCUUUCCUGACUCUAUUGAGGCCAAUCCCUUGGAAAGCGCUAAGCCUAUUCACCAAGAUGGAGCAAGUAUUUCGUCAUCUAACAUUGAUCAACAACAGCAUUUAGAACCACAGCUUGUAGAGGAACUAAGAAAUGAUGGCACCCAUACAGCCACAAUACCUGUUGGCUCUUCUGGUUUUGGAUUUCCAGGGAACAUUGUCAUGGCACCAGCAUACUCCCCUCAUAUGGUUCCAGGAGAAGCUUGGCAGCAACUAAACAGUCAAAAGUCAGCUAAUCCGUUUGAUCUCCCUUACGAUUCCGAGUUUGACUCAGAUGACAUGUACUUGGACAUGAGUUCUUUACAAGGGGCCCUACCUGAUAUGCAGACACCAACAACCUUCCUUAAUGGUGUAUCACAACCGUGGCUUGCUGAAGAUUCUGUACCCUCGUAUCUACAGGCUCCAACAGGAUCACAAGGUGGCUUAGCAUGCAUGGCAGAGCAAGCAUCAACAUCUCAACUACAGAACUCAGCAACACAAGGCCCUGUUGCAUCUACUGGAGGCAAUCCAUUUGCUUAG